AUAACCUAGCCUUCUGCACAUACUGAAAAGAUAAUUAAUAUAACCAAGUAGAAGGUGAAUAAAAUAAAAUAAAAUAAAAUAAAAAAAAAGGGGUGUCCGAGUGAAUACCUGUAAAGCACCAAAUUUCGACAGAUCUGUCUUAUGAUUUUAACAAACAACUACACAAUCUAAUCAGUCUGGACUUUUCUAAGUUGUAUUUACAUUAGCAAUAUUGACGACUUAAUCUUGUUUCAACAAGCUCCGUCUCUGCAACUAUUUUGUUUGUAUGAUAUAAUCUCAAUAUCACCACAAGAAUUUGGACCAGUGCUUCCAAAAUUUGAGAAGAAAAUAUUCCAAGAAUUUUUUAUUUUUUAUUUUUUAUACAAACAAUUUGAGAGAGGGAAAAUUGAACCUAAAAUCUCGGGUACAUAGAUGCUCUUAACCACUUAACUACAAGCCCCUUGUCAAGAAGCUAAGUAUUUGGAUGAGAAAGAAGUACAAUGAAAGUUCUCUGUAGACCCACUUGUUUGCUGAUCAGACCCAACACUAAAAUUUCUUUUUUAAAAUUCCAAGUUUAUCCUUGUUAAAAGAAAAAAUAAAUGAAAAAUAAGGAAACGAAAAGGUUGAACAUCCCCGCAAAACCCCUAGCCACCAAAACCCCAGCACCCAAUAGCAGAGAGAGCAGAGAGAAGCAAAAAUGGGGAAAAUAAGCUACAAGAAGCUAAAAGGAAGCCAAAACCUAAGGCAACGUCUCGUAUUGUCUCUGCUUUCGUCUACACCGGUUCAUAUCGAGGACAUACAUGCAGAGGAGACGUGGCCUGGUCUCCGUCCUCACGAGGUCUCCUUCAUCCGCUUGCUCGAGAAGGUCUGCGAUGACUGCUCCGUCGAAAUCAACGAUACUGGCACGAAAUUGAAGUUCAAGCCGGGGAUCGUGAUGGGCGGGAGGAAUCUGGUGCACGAAUGCUCUCUGAGUCGGGCUAUUGGUUAUUACUUGGAGCCAUUGAUUGUGCUUGGUCUCUUUGCCAAAAAACCCCUGAACAUUACGCUUAAAGGAAUUACAAAUGAUUCAAAGGACCCAUCUGUUGAUACAUUCCGGUCUACUACCUUGCCCAUGUUAAAACACUUUGGAGUUCCCUCAGAAGGGUUGGACCUAGAAAUACUGAGUCGUGGAUCUGCUCCUCAAGGAGGUGGUGAGGUGUUGUUGUCAGUUCCGGUUGUUCAAAGUCUAACAGCAGUUACCUGGACUGAUGAGGGGAUGGUUAAGAGGAUUAGAGGGAUUACAUUCUCUACAAGAGUGGCUGUGCAGUUUGAAAAUACCAUGGUAUAUGCAGCUCGUGGAAUCUUUAAUCCCUUUCUCCCAGAUGUUCACAUAUUUACCGACCAUAGACAGGGCGCGCAAGCUGGAAAAUCACCUGGUUAUGGAAUUUCAUUGGUUGCGGAAACAACUUCUGGUUGCUGUAUCUCUACUGAUACAGCAGUUUCCUAUUCACGUCAGGAAGAAACAGCUGAGCUUGAAGAUGAGGAGAAGAAAGAGCUGAUGUCUCCUGAGGACGUUGGUGUGCAAAUGGCUACUGUUCUGCUCGGGGAGAUUGAGCAGGGUGGAGUGGUAGAUUCAACACACCAGGGUUUGUUGUUUCUUCUCUGUGCAUUAUGUCCACAAGAUGUUUCAAAGGUUCGUGUUGGAAAGCUUUCUCCUUACGGGAUAGAAACUCUCAGAAACAUCAAAGAUUUUCUCGGAGUUACAUUUGUCAUCAAACCUGACCCAUCCACAGGGACUGUUAUACUUAAGUGUGUGGGCUCUGGGUUUAGGAACCUAUCUAGAAGGAUUUCAUGAUAGUCACAGUACCAGGUAUAUGAUUUUCUCUGUAUUGGCGAGUGUGUUUCUUGUGUGCCAAAGAAUAUUCAAGAGGCAUUACAUGCAUCAGCAGUGGAGGGAUACCAUAUAACGGCUUUAUAUGUUUUGCUAUGCAAUUUUGAUGCAAUCCUAUAAGCUCCAGGGAUAAGUUUUGGCAUUUUUUUGACUCAUUAAUUAAGAUUUUGUUGACAAUCUACUCAAAUUUGAUGUAUGAAGUAUGCUAAUACAUCAUUAUUGUAAACGUAGUUCUUUUCUAUGCCAUUAAGUAAGCACCCAAGCAGAAUUGAAAUGCAUUGACUC